ACUAGUUUGCUUUGAGCAAUCUUCCAGUUCAGUACUCGGCGCUUCCGUGUGUGGUUUUAGUGCGUUGUAGGUUCCGUUCUAGCCCGUCAUAUUGGAGCAGAUAUAAGCCCCUAUCGGAUAAUAAACUUAAUAAGUAUAGUAAUUGUACUCGAGUAGAUCAUUUCGAUAGCGAGAGCGUAGUCAAAACCGAAACACAUACAAAAUGCCUUCCUUCCAACCGAUCGAGGCCCCCAAGUGUCCGCGUUGCGGCAAGAGCGUCUAUGCCGCGGAGGAGCGCCUGGCCGGCGGCUAUGUAUUCCACAAGAACUGCUUCAAGUGCGGCAUGUGCAACAAAUCGCUGGACUCCACCAACUGCACAGAGCACGAGCGCGAGCUGUACUGCAAGACCUGCCACGGCCGCAAGUACGGACCCAAGGGCUACGGCUUCGGCACCGGAGCGGGAACCCUCUCCAUGGACAACGGGUCACAGUUCCUGCGCGAGAACGGCGACGGGCCGGCGGUGAGGAACGGCGCUCGUCUGGAGCCGCGGGCCAUUGCCCGUGCCCCGGAGGGCGAGGGUUGUCCCCGGUGCGGCGGCUACGUGUACGCCGCCGAACAGAUGCUGGCCCGCGGACGCAGCUGGCACAAGGAGUGCUUCAAGUGCGGCACCUGCAAGAAGGGUCUCGACUCGAUCCUGUGCUGCGAGGCGCCGGACAAGAACAUCUACUGCAAGGGCUGCUACGCCAAGAAGUUCGGCCCCAAGGGCUACGGCUACGGCCAGGGUGGCGGCGCCCUGCAGUCCGACUGCUAUGCCCACGACGACGGAGCUCCCCAGAUCCGUGCGGCCAUCGAUGUGGACAAGAUCCAGGCCCGCCCGGGUGAGGGAUGCCCUCGUUGCGGCGGCGUGGUCUACGACGCCGAGAAGAAGCUCUCCAAGGGACGGGAGUGGCACAAGAAGUGCUUCAACUGCAAGGACUGCCACAAGACGCUGGACUCGAUCAACGCCAGCGACGGUCCGGACCGGGAUGUCUACUGCCGCACCUGCUACGGCAAGAAGUGGGGACCCCACGGCUACGGAUUCGCCUGCGGCUCCGGCUUCCUGCAGACGGACGGCCUGACCGAGGACCAGAUCAGCGCCAACCGGCCGUUCUACAACCCGGACACCACGUCGAUCAAGGCGCGCGACGGCGAGGGAUGCCCCCGUUGCGGAGGCGCCGUCUUCGCCGCCGAGCAGCAGCUGUCCAAGGGCAAGGUGUGGCACAAGAAGUGCUACAACUGCGCCGACUGCCACCGCCCGCUGGACUCGGUGCUGGCCUGCGACGGACCCGACGGCGACAUCCACUGCCGCGCCUGCUACGGCAAGCUGUUCGGACCCAAGGGCUUCGGCUACGGCCAUGCCCCCACCCUGGUGUCCACCAGUGGCGAGAGCACCAUCCAGUUCCCCGACGGCCGCCCGCUGGCCGGACCCAAGACCUCCGGCGGAUGCCCGCGCUGCGGCUUCGCCGUGUUCGCCGCGGAGCAGAUGAUCAGCAAGACCAGGAUCUGGCACAAGCGCUGCUUCUACUGCUCGGACUGCCGCAAGUCGCUGGACUCGACGAACCUGAACGACGGCCCCGACGGCGACAUCUACUGCCGGGCCUGCUACGGCCGCAACUUUGGGCCCAAGGGCGUGGGCUACGGUCUGGGCGCGGGCGCUUUGACAACGUUCUAAACGACGAGUUGAUGUACUCUAAUGUAAAACCCAAUAGAAGUCCACAUCCACAUCCCACAUCCAUGUCUGUGAACCGUUCCGAUACUUCUGUCUAACGACCUGUCUGUUUUAAUCAUUAACUAUCCCAGAAAUUAGCUAACUUAGUCUUCGUUUUGCUUCCAACGAUUUUUGAUCAACGAUGCAGCAAAUGCAAAUCAUACAUAUUUCUUUAGGUUAUGUGAGAAUAAGUUUAAUAUGGAAACAAGAGAAAAAGAAUAAAUGAAAAAAACACUUAAAACUUGAAACUGAAACUGAAACCAAAAAGAAGAACUUACGACUCAAAGCGAAACUAACCAUCGAACACAGACACUAACGAACUAAACGACAUAUUAACCAAAGUGGAAAGUGGAAACUUUCUGCAGGUACAGUCACCGCGCAGGCGAAGAAGCACUACCGCGAGCCAAAGUCGUUUUUACUUUUUGUAUCUUAACUUAUAUUCGAUGACCAGCCAAGUAUGUCUUAUGCUCCAAACCGAAAUACCCAGAAGCAUACUCUGUGCAAACGUACCGAUUUUAUAUCUAUACUUUUACGACGAACUAUGAUGAAUGAUAUGAUGUUGUAUAUUUAGCUGACUUAGUUCUUACGAUAUACUUAUGAAAUCUGAUUAUUUAUAAUGAUAUUUGAAUGAUUUCUCACCCAUCUAAUCUCUUGCACUCCGAUUCGGAUGCGAGCCAUGGCAGAUAUAAACUACUUAUAUAUAUAUAUCAGCAUACAUAUUCUGCAUACACACACAUAACAUCCAAUAAUAUAUGCCCCAGUGGGUUCCAUGAAAACAAAACUA